AUAAGACGUAAAGUGAGCUCGCUUGUUUCGAAGUACGCGAUCUGCGCUUUUCAUCUCUAAUUAUUUAUACUAGAUAGAUAGAGGAUGAACCGGUCUUCGUAGCAUCCGCUAUCCUCCCCGUACCAAUGAGUAUUUGGAAAUAAAACGUCAUUGAUUUACAUGAGAAUUGAUGAGAAUCAAUGAGAAUGCACCCUGCGAGAAAAGAGAUGCACGCACGUGUAUUCUUCACAAUUUAACCAAACAUUUAAGAAAUAAUGAUUGAGAUACGCAUAUAAUUUAUAUUUAAAGAGUAAUUUUGAGAAUUAUUAGCAAUACUUGUUUGAAAAUAAUAAAAAGUACAUAACUACUAUAAAACAUAGUAGAUUCAAAGAAAAGGCAAAAUGGCAAAAUCACAGGUUACAAAUAAACCUCCUCGAAAGGAGGGAUUUAAUCGUUCUGGACACAGCAUGAAUCCAGAACGACCUACAGAAGGAUUAAAGGGUGUGGCAAAAGUACGAUCUAAAGCAACAAUUAAAAGAUUACAAAUGUAUCGUAAUCAAAAACCCAAGCGCGAUCGUACAGGUAAAAUACUUCGACCAGCACCGUUCCAAGGAUGGCAACCUUCUGGUUCUAUGUCUCGUGUAGAACCUUCACAGAGAUGGUUUGGAAAUUCAAGAGUAAUUUCCCAAAAUGCUUUACAAAAAUUCCAAGAUGAAUUAGGGAAAGCUAUGAAAGACUCCUAUAACGUUAUUAUGAAACCUACACAGUUGCCAGUAACUCUUCUCCAACAAAAGGCUGCAAAUGCAAGAGUACAUUUACUAGAUACAGAAAGUUUUGAAAGUGUAUUUGGUCCAAAGAAAUUAAGGAAAAGACCAAAUUUAACAAUAUCAUCGUAUGAUGAAUUACAAAAAUUAGCAGAAGAAAAAGAAGAAACAUAUAAUAAAGAAAAAGAUACAAAAGAUAUAGAUCUCAUACGUCCUGAUACAGGUACCAAAGAUGCACAAAGAGACUGGAUUAUGGCGGCAGGACAGAGCAGAAGAAUUUGGAAUGAAUUAUAUAAAGUUAUAGACUCUUCUGAUGUUAUUUUACAGGUUUUAGAUGCCAGAGAUCCUUUAGGAACUAGAUCUCCUCCAAUAGAAAAAUAUCUUAAGACAGAGAAGCCUCAUAAGCAUUUAAUGUUUAUUUUAAACAAAGUAGACCUUGUACCAGCAUGGGUUACACAAAGAUGGGUUGCUAUUUUAAGUGCAGAGUAUCCAACAGUAGCAUUUCAUGCUUCGAUGACACAUCCAUUCGGUAAAGGUUCUUUAAUAAAUCUAUUGAGGCAAUUUGCAAAGCUACAUAUCGAUAAAAAACAAAUCAGUGUAGGUUUUAUAGGAUAUCCCAAUACAGGGAAGAGUUCGGUUAUAAAUACUUUAAGAUCGAAAAAAGUAUGCAAUGUUGCACCAAUAGCAGGUGAAACAAAAGUAUGGCAAUAUAUUACUUUGAUGCGCCGAAUUUAUUUAAUAGAUUGUCCAGGUGUAGUGUAUCCAUCAGCGGAAACUGACACGGAAAAAGUGUUAAAAGGUGUAGUAAGGGUUGAACUUGUUCAAAAUCCAGAAGAUUACGUCUCGGAUGUGUUAGCACGAGUAAAACCAGAAUACAUACGAAAGACUUAUAAGAUAAUGGAAUGGAGCGAUCAUGUAGAUUUUCUGGAGAAAUUGGCUCGUAAGAGUGGAAAAUUAUUAAAAAAAGGUGAACCGGAUAUUGCCACUGUUUCACGUAUGAUUUUGAAUGAUUGGCAGCGUGGUAAAUUACCUUUCUAUGUUCCCCCUUGUGGCUUUGAAGAACCACUACCAAAGGUGGCAGUCAAUAAUGAGUCUUCUGUUGAAAAUAGUAAUAUUGAAAAAGAAAAUAGUGUCAAUACAGAACAAACAGAAAAUAAAGAGGAUAAAGCAUCAAAAUAUCAAUUAUCUGUGAUACAAGAUUUUAGAAAAAUACGAGUUGGUUUGCCAUAUUCAGGUGAUGAUGUUAAAAGUCAUUUAUGUGUUGAACUUACUGAUUCUAUAACGAACCAAGAAAAUAGUUCAAUGGUGUCAGAUAUGGAUGAUAAUGAUGUUGAUGAAACUGAAGAUAAAUCUAUAAUAGAAUUUGAAGCGGAGUUUACGGAAAAUGUAGAAAAGGAUAAGCGUUUAGAGAUUGAAAAUAAUAACGAAAAGAAUGAUGAUUAUACUGAUGAUGAAAUUCCUCUUCCUUUAGAAAAAGAUACUUUGUUGCAAAGUGCAUACAAUGUAGUAGAGGAAGAGUAUGAUUCUAGUGAUAAUGAAAUGCUCAACAAAAAUACUAUUUCAAGCAGUGGUACAUUCAAAGUUUCUUCUACAGUUUCUAAAACAGAAAAAUCAAUGCACACAGGGAAAAAAUUAACAAGUAAAGAACGAAGAGCUGUAGAAAGGGCUAACAAACGAAAAAAGAUUGGUAGCAACUUUUAUGAAACUACUAAUGUUAAAAAUAGAAAUAGGAAUAGAAGAGUGCCUAAAUUUAAAAAAAAAAAUUAA